AUGAGCAGAAGGAAGCUGAAAGCGGUCGAGUACGAUCGGGACUAUAUCAAUUUUGAUGGUGAUUUUUUGAAAUUUUCGAAAGAAAACUGAAAACACGUUGCAGAUGACGUGGAAGUCCGCCGAUUCGUGGCAACAAUGGAAGAAGUCUACCUGAAACGACGGGAUGAGCACUGGGCCGCCCGUCUUUUGGACGAAACGGAUACGGAAAAAUGGACGGGCGAAAUGGAAAAGUAUUUCGAGGAGUUUGGAGCACCGAACGGCUGCUCCAGAGCCUCCGCAGUCGAUUAUGUGCUCAGUGCGGCCGUUGAAAUUGUUUACGAGCAAAAAGGUACCCGAAAUCAUUUUUUCAGCCCACGCUUUUCGAGGACUUUUUGAGGCCUUUACGUUUGCCGCACUUGCAAUAACCCGAUCCGACCCGAAGUUUGCAGAUUUCUUGAGCCCACGUAUUUCAAUCCAAGCUCAAGAAGCCUGCAAAGUUCGGUCGGAUCGGAUUAUUGCAAGUGCGGCAAAAGGCCGCGCCUCGGCAGGCCUUUAAAAAGCCUGUGCCGGCCUUUUGCGCAGCCCUGAUUUUUCCAGUAAAUCCCUCAAAUCUCUCUCCAAUUUCUAGGGGCUGAAAAUUCGAAUCAAUAUUAUUCAAUCAAAAACUUGUUAUAAAUUGCAGGCGGCUCGGCGGCUCUCUCAACCCGACAGCUCAAAGAUCGGGCGACGCAAGUGCUCUCGGCUCACAGAGACUCUCAAAACGCACUGAAUCGGCUGGAUUGUGAGUGGAAAUGAGCGGAAAAGGAGUGGAGAUGACACGUUGGACGGGCAAAACACCGGAAAUGCACAUAAAUUUGCAUUUUUUCUCUCGUUUUCCAAAGUAGACGCUUGUUGGCUUCGAGCCCGAAUGCAUUAGUAGCGACGCCGCCGGAAGAGUACUGUUCCAUCCUCCCAUUAUUUGCCAUGAACGUGUGCCAAGAGCUACAAAAAAUUUGCAGGAAAAUCUCGGAGUCGCUACUAAAACUGCAAUUGGCGAGUGGCGAUUGAUUAUGCGCGCCACUCGUGAGAAUCGAAUUCAUUCUACUAUUUAUCAUUGCUCUUUGUUACUAGAAACUGUAUUGAUCCCUUAAAGUACAAAGCAGCCGACGGUUAACUGGUUUGUGUCUGUGUUUCGCUCUCCCUCUCGCCGUUUGCAUUUUAACACCGUUCAAAUUCGAAUUUCGCUCUAGUCAUGAAGAAAAAUGGAAAGGCGAAUCAGUAUACUUCCGGCGGCAUCGCAAAAUCGCAAAAUAUCAGCGGGAAUGACCACAGAGGGCGGCGGCCGCGGCGUCCACCAGAUUUUAGCUAAAAAUGAGGAAAAACACCGUGUUCAUCCUCCUUCUUCUCAAUGUUUCUCAAUUCCAGACACUUCUCCGCAAUUCGCCGAAAACGCCCGUGCUCUCUGCUCGAUUCUUGGUAUUUCGCACGCGCAUCCGGACCCGAAAGUGCUCAUGAGGGCCGCCUGUCUGUACAUUUGCGACAAUUUGAGCGAUGACGUCAUUGCCGAGGAGGAGAACGAGGAGGAGUUGAGCAAAAAAGUGCGAUUUUUUUGUUUGGGAUUUUUUGCAAUUUUCGUAAUUUUUUUCCAGAAACUCCUCGACCUCAAAGACUUUCCGAUCGGAAUGGCGGUGCCGAAAAACGGAGCCGCCCACUUUUCGGCUCGAAUUUUGAGAUUGAUCUGUUUGAGACAGCUCCGGGAUGUUUCCACAAUGGUUAAUGAUUGUUUUUGGAAGAAUUUGUAAAGGAUCAGGCAACCGUCCUGUCCGAAUUGCCUCGCAUUGCCACAUUCACUCUCCGAUUCUCAGGACGGCCUUUAAACGGAACAGCGCGACGCCUGAGGAUUGUGUCGAAUACAAAAAGACUCGGACACUGAAUGUGUGGCAAUAAGAGGCGUUCCCUGGUCCUUUAAAAAAGUGAAAUUCGCUCAAGAAGCCCUUCAAGUGGUCAGCAGAUGUGAUUCAGAGAACGAAAAGCGUUUUUUUUGGAAUUCAGAAAAAAAGCAGCUGAUUUGACCACCGUCUCACACAAUUUUCGAGUAAAAAGACCUCGAAACGCAUGACGAGUUUUCCAAUUCUCCAAUAGUAUUGUUCUCGAAAUCACCCUUUCUCCCCCCAUUAUUUUUCCCAUUAUUUUUCACCACCUGUUCACUGAUUUCCAAUUUCCAUGACAACACAAGCCCCUCCGGCCCGCUUUUCAUCAUUUCCCAAUAUUGCAGAUCAACGAAACGCUUGUCGAAAUUCAAAAUCUGACGAUUGACAUGUCGAAACGGGCGGAUUUGCGGCAGAUUCAAUAUGGACGAUAA